CGCCUCCCCGCCCGCCGUGCGCGUGCGCGUCACUGUCGGGCCGCUGCAGACGCUGGCGACACGGGCCCGGGGCUGCUGCUGCUGCUGCUGCUGCUCGUGUCCUCGGCCGCCGUCAUGUCGCAAAGCGGGACCCCCGGGCUGCAGGAGGAGAGUCUGCAGGGCUCGUGGGUGGAGCUACAUUUCAGCAACGGCAAUGGGGGCAGCGCGCCGCCGGCCUCUGUGUCUCUGUACAACGGUGACAUGGAGAAGAUCCUGCUGGACGCCCAGCACGAGUCAGGCCGGAGCAGCUCCAAGAGCUCCCACUGCGACAGCCCACCUCGUUCCCAGACCCCACAGGACACUAACAGAGCUUCGGAGGCUGACACCCACAGCCUGGGGGAGAAGAACAGCUCGCAGUCAGAGGAGGACUUCCUGGAGCGAAGGAGAGAGGUGGAGAGCAUCCUGAGGAAGAACUCUGACUGGAUUUGGGACUGGUCCAGUCGGCCUGAGAACAUCCCCCCCAAGGAGUUCCUCUUCAAGCACCCCAAGCGAGCCCCGACUCUCAGCAUGAGAAACACGAGUGUCAUGAAGAAGGGGGGCAUCUUCUCAGCCGAGUUCCUCAAGGUCUUCCUCCCGUCUCUGCUGCUGUCCCAUCUGCUGGCCAUCGGGCUGGGGAUCUACAUUGGGCGGCGUCUGACGCCAUCCACUAGCACCUUCUGAGGGAGGCAUGGCCGCAGUUGCAGGCCCAGAGUGGCCGUCCUGGGCAGCUGCACUUGUUUUGUUCUGUAAACACUGUGUCCUCAUGGGCAAGGGGGCAGCAUACACUACACCAGGCCCAGUGGCCGCCCGAGGACGGGCCCGUUAACACGCAUGUCUCCCCGUCCCGUCUACUGGAAUCACAUGGUAGUAGUUUCCUGGGAUGUUCCAUAGCUCAAUAUAAAUAAUUUUUAACUUACUAUAGUUCCUAUGUAUGUAAUAUUUUAGCCAAGAAAAGUCUGUAAUCUUAACUCAUUGAAAACACUUUAUAUUUUGAAAGACAGAAAAACAUUGAUGUGAAGAACGACUGUGUGAGGGAUCUGUCCCUAAUAAAUACUGUGGCCUUACACUCACGGCUGUAAGUGUAGAGCAUUGUGUGUCUGAGGUGGACGCGGGCUGUCCACUGCGGAUGCUGUGUGCCGUGCGGGCUGUUUGCAGUUGGUAAGCAGAACUGAAGUUCGAGGUUCUUCGUGGUGAGACGUGGGCAGACGUAGGCCUGCGCUUGGCCCCUGGAUUAUCUUCUUGCUUCACUUGCGUGUCUGACCACAAGAUUGCUGCCUCUCUCCCAUGUUGAUCUGUGCUCUGAGAAUCAGCUUCGUUCUAAGAAAAAUUGUCUAUUUUAACACAGAAUAGAAAACAAAUCUUUGCCAAAUUCUCGGGCAGUUGCAGAGUUUGCAUAGACAGGUCAGCCCGGCUCUCCUGGCCUUGACUCUAGGCUGCCCUGGUUGGUCCCGCAUGCCCUGACAGCUGCUGAUACACUGUAUGUGCUUGUGGAUCCAGUUCCGGUGUGUCCAAUAAACACAUUGUCAUUUAAAA